AUGGCUUUGCAUACUCGUUCUAACAGCUUACCCUCUAGGCCACACCCGAUCAUUGAAGAAGUUGAUGAACUUUUGUGUAGAUUGAGGUCUUCUGAGGCCACCUCCACAUCUUCAUCAUCAAUAUGCAACAAACUAAGUAGCCUCCAACACUUGCAUGAUUCUGUUGAUAGGUUUCUUCAGUUGCCCCUCACUCAACAAGCCUUAGCCCAAGAGCAGAACGAGAAAUGGACUAAUAAGUUGUUAGAUGGCUCACUCCGGCUGUUGGAUGUUUGUGGAACUGCCAAAGAUGCCUUGUUGCAAACCAAGGAAUGCAUCCAGGACCUUCAAUCGAUCAUGCGAAGAAGGCGGGGAGGUGAAACUGGAGCUCUUACAAGUGAGGUUAGGAAAUACUUAACCUCCAGGAAGAUGGUGAAAAAGACAAUCCAAAAGGCUAUGAAGAAUCUCAAGGGAACCGAAAACAGAUCCACCUUCUCUUCCCUCAACAAGGACAGUGAGACUAUUUCCAUUGUGAGCGAGUUGAGAGAUUUUGAAGCAGUCACUCUUGCAGUGUUCAAAUCACUGCUGUCCUUCAUCUCCGGCCCAAAAUCACAGCCAAACAGCAGCUGGUCAUUGGUCUCCAAGAUGAUGCAAUCAAAACAAGUAGCUUGUGAGGAAGAAACAGAAGUAAAUGAAUUUGCAGAGGUGGAUGCUUCAUUGCAGUCACUCAUUGGACACAAGACAAGCAAAUCUCAUUCCCAAAGUGCAGAUAAUGCACACAACCAGUUGGAGAAGCUGGACGCAUGCAUUCAAGAUCAGGAAGACGGACUUGAGUGCCUAUUUAGGCAAAUGAUCAAAACAAGAGUCUCCCUCCUCAACAUCCUAAACCACUAG